CAAGACCCUUCGAUACGAGGAAACAUUGAAUCUCUCCGAUGAUGACCACCAAGAGGUUCCAAUCCCACUUCGUAGCUCGAAGUCAGCACAUCGUGCAGGAUCGGGCCAUGCGGCGCAAGAGCAUUAAACCUGAUCCUGCCACGAUACAGCCCGCUCGAAUCCGCCUUUGAACAAACAAUCACUCGUUACUGAUAUCGUAUACAAAAGAAAGAAGUCAAGGCUCUUGAGUCAAACAUCAGACCGAGCAUGCAAUUCUCUAUACUCGCUACCAUUGCGGUGCUCGCCAGCAGCACCUUUGCCUGGGACAAGUUUUCAGGGACCAGCAUCACCACACGGCCAACCGGAACCUGCUACACGAUAACCCAAACCAACCCACCAGCUUGCACGGAAUCCAUCACACUCCCGGACGGGUGCGCGACCCUAGAGUGCCUCGAGCUCAGAACUAUCACGCAGUCCUGCGGCUGCGAUUCCAUCUUCACGGCCGACGAGUGCGUCACCACUUGUCCCUCGACGAAAUGCCCGGUCUCGUACAUUACCGUGCAUCCACCGUGCCUGAUGUCUCCGCCGUAUAGCUACAGUAACACGACGGUCACGACGACGGUCACGGGUAUCACGACGCUGACGGCGUGUCCGGCGACUUGCACGUGCUCAGGACAGAAGACGACUUGGUCUGGUGGCAAUGGGCCGUUUACGUGUACCAAGAAGCCGAGUUGUACGGCGCAGUUGCCGGGGGGUGGCACGACUACUAUUACGGGUACAACGGUUGUGAGCAGGACUGGACCGACGCCCACAAGUAGCAUAGGUCCGACACUGCUGCCCGGCUCGAGUGAUGGGAAGAAGAGGAGUGAGAUCGUGAGUGGCGGGCUUCUGGCGGGGUUGCUGGGGAUGCUGGCCUUUUUGUGAGGUUUGAGAUGGAGAAUGGGGAGCGAAAGAAAGGUUGAAAGAUUGAGUAAGUGUAGAAGGAAAGGAGAUUUGUGAGAUGGGUGUAUUGAGUAGAGUUUCUGAGGGAGUACAUAUUAAUUUGGGUGGGCAUCUUCUCUACUAACCUAACUACGAUAUAUGUCUUACAUGCAAAUGGAUCAAAUCUACAAAGACUCGAAGUCAAAUUCAU